UCGGCCACAUUGUGUUGAAUAGUGACAGUUUGAAAUUAAUAGAUAUUUCAAUUUUCAAACAUAUUGUAACUAGCACUGUUCUGUUGGUUUCUAUAGGGACCAUGGAUUCAAAGGCACAGCACAACCGAAUGGAUGAUGACAAGUACUUGCAUCAGGCGCGUCAAGAGAUGGACAAGAAUAUGCAGCGAGAGCGAGAGGUGAUGGACAAGAAUCUGAAGCAGGAGUGGGCAACCGUGGACCGCAUGAGGAAGGAGGAGCGUGCAGCCGUGGAACAGAUGAUGACUGAGGAGCGUGCAGCCAUGGAUAAGAGGUUGAAGCAUUUCCAUGACGAUAUGGACCUAAAGUUGAAGCAGGAGCGCAAGGACCUGGAUCGCGCUAUGCAGCUCGAGCAUGGCAUGAUGGAAUUCAAUAUCAUGCAGGCGCGUGCGAACAUGGACCGUAUGUUGCAGCAGGAGCGUAAUGACAUGAAUCACAAGGCCAAGAUGGAGGGGAUCCGCAUGGAAGGGAAUAUGAUGCAAGACCGCGUUCUACAUCUCGAGCGUGGUAAAAUGGGCUUCGAUAACAUGCAGACGGGUGCGGGCAUGGACCUUAACUUACCAAAGGACCGCAAUGAUCUGGAUUACAAGGCCAAGAUGGAGCAGAUCCGCAUGGAAGGAAAUACGAUGCAGGACCGUGCUAAUACACGUCUGAAGGAUGAGAAGGCCAAAAUGGAGGAGAUCCGCAUGGAAGGGGGUAUGAUGCAAGACCAUGCUAGUACAGGAUGAGAAGGCCAAAAUGGAGGAGAUCCGCAUGGAAGGGGGUAUGAUGCAAGACCAUGCUA